AUGGCGACCAGAAUCGUGCCCAUGAGGCCUGGCUCCAGCGCCAUUCGCUCCAUCUCCAAACGAAGACCCUCGUGCUCGCAGCAAUUUUCCACCACCGCUCCCACCGCAGCUCUUUCACCCUACCGAAAAUCACAAAAAACCACCUCGGACCCGAAGCGAAGACCUGCCACCACUGCUGCAGCUCAAGCACAAUCAACACGACCUCUCCCCAGUCCAGCCUUCAACAAUGACUUUCGACGCACCGAUCCCUCACCCUUGGUCAACCGACCGCAGCCCGAGCUCGAUGAUUCAUUCGUCGGCCUCAGUGGAGGAGAAAUCUUCCACGAGAUGAUGCUUCGUUUAGGCGUCAAGCACAUUUUUGGUUACCCUGGCGGUGCCAUUCUUCCAGUCUUCGAUGCCAUCUACAAUUCAAAACACUUCGAGUUCAUCCUCCCGAAACAUGAACAAGGUGCAGGACACAUGGCCGAAGGCUAUGCAAGAGCAUCUGGCAAACCCGGUGUUGUCCUGGUGACUUCUGGUCCGGGUGCGACAAAUGUCAUUACUCCGAUGCAAGAUGCGCUUUCUGAUGGCACCCCCAUGGUCGUGUUUUGUGGCCAAGUGCCUACUACCGCCAUUGGUACAGAUGCCUUUCAAGAAGCUGACGUCGUUGGAAUCUCGAGAGCUUGCACCAAGUGGAACGUAAUGGUCAAGAACGUGGCAGAGUUGCCAAAACGCAUCAAGGAGGCAUUUGAAAUUGCCACUUCAGGACGACCUGGUCCUGUGCUUGUCGACUUACCCAAAGAUGUGACGGCUGGCAUCCUGAGACGACCGAUCCCCAUGCAAUCUACCUUGCCCGCUCAUCCAUCGGCAGCCACUCUAGCGGCCCGAGAGAUGUCGAGAAAGCAGUUGGAGGGUACUCUUUCACGCGUGGCUGACUUGGUAAACAUCGCCGAAAAACCCGUCAUCUACGCCGGACAGGGUAUUUUAGGGAGCCCUGAAGGCCCCGCUCUCCUGAAAGAGCUAUCAAACAAGGCUGCCAUUCCCGUCACAACGACUCUGCAAGGCCUGGGCGGUUACGACGAGCUUGACCCCAAGUCUUUACACAUGCUCGGGAUGCAUGGCGCUGCGUAUGCCAACAUGGCGAUGCAGGAAGCGGAUUUGAUCAUUGCAUUGGGCGCUCGAUUUGACGACCGUGUGACUCUCAACAUUGCCAAAUUCGCACCCCAGGCCAAGGCUGCGGCGGCCGCGAAGCGUGGUGGUAUCGUUCACUUCGAAAUUAUGCCCAAGAACAUCAACAAGGUCGUACAGGCCACCGAAGCCGUGGAGGGAGACGUCGCCACUAACCUAGCCGAGCUCAUCCCCAAGGUCAAGGCCGUAAAUGACCGACCCGAAUGGUUCGCUCAAAUAAAUGACUGGAAGAAGCGAUUUCCACUGAGCUCAUACGAGAGGGGCACACCCGACGGUUUGAUCAAGCCACAAGAGCUGAUUGAAAAGUUGUCUGACAUGACAGCCAACCGGAAGCAAGAAACUAUCAUCGCAACUGGUGUCGGCCAACAUCAAAUGUGGGCCGCUCAACACUUCCGAUGGCGAUAUCCUCGGACCAUGGUCACCUCUGGUGGCUUGGGCACCAUGGGCUUCGGUCUUCCUGCUGCUAUUGGGGCUAAGGUUGCCCGACCAGAUGCUCUUGUUGUAGAUAUUGACGGAGACGCCUCGUUCAACAUGACUUUGACCGAACUGAGUACGGCCAACCAGUUCAACAUCGGUGUCAAGGUGAUUGUCUUGAACAACGAGGAACAGGGUAUGGUGACGCAGUGGCAAAGUUUGUUCUACGAGGAUCGAUUCGCCCACACUCACCAGAAGAACCCGGACUUUGUCAAACUAGCCGAGGCCAUGGGCGUCCAAGCCCGACGAUGUGUCAAGCCUGCCGACGUUGAAGCAAGCCUUGAAUGGUUGAUUAGCGGAAGUGGCGAUGGACCAGCUCUUCUCGAAGUCGUUACCGACAAGAAGGUACCUGUUCUGCCCAUGGUGCCUGCUGGCAAGGCUCUUCAUGAAUUCUUGGUAUACGAUGAAGCCAAAGAAAAGGAACGAAGAGCCCUCAUGAAGAAGAGAUCCGGCCACUGA